GGUAGUCAUACACAAGCUCGACUCGCUGCACGAUACAUACCUUAUUUCUAGCAAACUCUGGUCCUUCAAGCACAAAAAGAGACGGCAUCGCCGAUCUCACCAUAGCAGAGACCCACCUCCCAGAAUGGACGCCAUCAAGGUCGCCAAAGUCGAGGGUGUGCUACUGGACAAAGCUGGGAAACGAUCGGAAGGAACUUUGCAUCUCACCCCGCAUCACCUCAUAUUCACCCUUCAGGACGGACAGGAAGAAUGGACUCCUUACCCUCACAUCACGACUCUCCAUCGACUGCCUUCGACUCAUUCUGGCCUCUCGCCGGUGUACAUACGUACGAGGAUGUUUGAGAGCCUGGUCUUUUCGUUCAAACGGGAAAAGGAAGCCGAGGACGUUUGGUGCAGCGUCAAGGAUCUCUGUUUGGUCUCUUCGAUGGACCAGCUCUACGCCUUUCAUUAUCGGCUCGAAUCGCCAGCGGCAUCAGGUUCGGGCUCUUCGACCGACACCCCGGGUCAGCUCUCAUCUGGCACGUCGACGCCACACUCUAGUUCUAGCAACGGUUGGAGCGUCUACUCGCCGAGGGAAGAAUUUGCGAGGAUGGGAGUCGGUUCGAGAAGCAAGGCAUGGAGGUUUACUGACAUCAACAAGGAUUAUGUGAUCUCCCCAACCUAUCCGGCCAAGAUGGUGGUACCGUCCAAGAUCUCGGAUACCGUUAUCGCUUACGCCUGCAAGUAUCGAAGUAAAGGAAGGAUCCCGGCCUUGUCAUAUUUGCACUGGGCGAAUCAUGCCUCGAUCACGCGAUGCAGUCAACCGCUCGUUGGCCUGAAGAAUAACCGCUCGAAUCAAGACGAACGGUUGAUCGAGGCCAUCUUCUCGUCACACGUAUCGCCCGACACCGCGUACGCCCCUCCGAGCGGAGAGUACGGUGGCGGCGGGUAUGGUCUCCAGGCAUCCGGGUCGUCCAAGGCCAUUUCUACAUCCGACUCUGCCGGCACGGUCUACGGAGCGAACGCAACCAAUCUGAUCGUCGACGCCCGACCGACAGCCAACGCCAUGGCCAACGUCGCGACCGGAGCUGGUACGGAAAACAUGGAGUAUUACAAGAUGGCCCGCAAGACAUAUCUGGGCAUCGAAAACAUUCACGUCAUGCGAGACUCGCUGAAAAAGGUCGAGACGGCGUUACAAAGAGCUGAGCAGACGGGCAUGAUGGAUCGUCACCUCCUUCGGCGGUCCAACUGGUUGAAGCACAUUUCGGCCAUUCUUGACGGCGCUCUGAUCAUCGUCCGCAAUGUGCACAUCAAUUCGUCACAUGUCUUGAUCCAUUGCUCGGACGGAUGGGACAGGACCUCGCAGCUGUCCGCGCUCGCCCAGGUCUGCCUCGAUCCGUACUUUCGGACGAUCAAGGGGUUUCAGGUCUUGAUAGAAAAGGAUUGGGUAUCUUUCGGACACAAAUUUAUGGAUCGAUGCGGUCAUCUAUCACCGGACAAACUGGAUCUCAACUCGGCUGUCAAACCGGAAGACGAAGAGGAAGAGCGGGGUGAGGCUGCCAAAGCUGCACAGGCCUUCUUCGGAGCGUUCCAAAAGCAGUUCACACCAUCCUCGCACCACGUCAAGGAGACCUCGCCAGUCUUUCACCAGUUCCUCGAUUGCGUCCGGCAGAUGCAGAGGCAGUAUCCCGAGCGUUUCGAAUACAAUGGCAGAUACCUGGAGGACCUGUACUACCACUUGUACUCGUGUCAAUUUGGAACGUUCAUUUCCAACACUGAACGUCAACGCAGGACGCCUGGCGGGAUUGACGACGACAAUGCCAGCCUGUUGGUAGCGAGCAAACCGCCCAUUUGCGAGAGGACCGUGUCGAUCUGGGAUUUCGCAGCGACCAACGUGGAUGCGUACAAGAAUGCCUCAUACGAUGCUACACUCGACAAUCCUACCGGUGACGGGGACAUGGGCGUCCUCUUGCCCAAUCCGAAAGACGUCAGGUUCUGGUCCGAGCUGUUCAAGCGGGGAGAUGAGGAGAUGAACGGAGCCAGACAGGUAUUACAGGAGCAGGCUCAGGGAGUCGAGGUCCUCGGUCCCAUCGGAAGGACCGAGCGAGACCCCGUUGUCGAUCAAGCUCCGGCUACUGUGGCCAAAGCGGCUGCCAUACUCGGUACUGGAGGACAGGCGUCGGCUUCCGAAUUCAACGCGACCACGGGAAGCAUUUCGCGGAGCGAAUCGCCUGCGCGGAGGGACACGGCGGAUUCCUGGCACAACGUUGAAGCAUCAGCCAUUCCUGCCGCACCGACCCGAAGAAAGGUGGAAACGAGCCAUGCCUCGGGUAGCCAGUCUCCCAGUAGUCGAGCCAGAGCGGGAGGUUCGGGAUCUUGGGGUUGGUCGAAUUUCAGUACGGGCGCGUUGACGGUACUGCAAGGAGCUGCGAAAGAAUUGUCUGGGGCGGCCAAGGAUAUUCGAACUAUCGGCGCCGAUGCGUAUACGAACUUUGCUGCGAACCCUGAACGUACACCCCGCGACGCCUGGGAUCGACCAUCGGUGCAUACGAACCCUGCCAGCAGCCUUCACACGAACGGCGGAUGGCCCGAGAGGCGCCCCGCCAAUCGCAUCGUUAGCGAGUCCAACCCUUGGGCCGCCCCCGACACUCCCAUCUCGGCCGGAACCACUGCUUCCAUGCGGAGCACUGCCAUCGACCCCGACACGAUCAAUUACAUGCGUUCACCGUCCGAGACGUGGGGAUCUAUUGCGGAUCGACGCGACCGGGCGAGACCGAGUGCCGGUCUCGGAACCAAACUCGCCGAACUCUCCGUCAGACCGGCUUCUCCACCGGUUCCACACAAGGAACACGGGCGACCCGAGGUAUCCUCGUCAUCUUCCUGGGACCCGCUCGGGGCAAUGUGAUCGCUUGUAGCCGCUUGUAUCAUCUUGCAGUUGUAUAGGGUGUC